UCAAAGCAGCAUCCAUCGAACAGUUGAGUUGAGUCACAAAAAUACAAUGACAUUGGUUGACGAGGUGGAGGUGGAGGUGGAGGUGGAGGCGGAGGCGUCGGUACCAGUAAAGAAGGUGCCGUAUGGUGACAUAUUCGAGGCGUCCCGCGCCGGCGACGUGGAGCGGCUCCGGUACCUGCUGGAGACAGGCGUGAACGUCAACGCGCGGGACCAGUGGGACUCGGUGGCCCUCUACUACACCUGCCUGGUCGGCCACCUCGACGCUGCUCGCAUGCUCCUCGAAAACGGCGCCAUCUGCUCCGAACACACCUUUGACGGCGACCGCUGCCACUACGCCGCCCUCAAUCUGAAGGUCCGGAAACUCCUCAAGGCAUUUGAGGCGCGGCCCCCGCCCUUGGAACCCUUGCAGGCUGCUUUGCGUGACACCUUCCUCGCUUGUAUUUCAUCCACUCAGGGGUCCAUUUGCAGCCACUUCCCUCCAGAUGUAGUAUUUAUUGUACAAGGAAAACGUAUUCAAACUCACAGAGUCAUACUAAGUGCAAGGUCGCCAUUUUUCAAGAAAAAGUUUACUACUGAUUGGAAGGAUCGCAAUGAAGUUAGAUUCUCAAAGGAAAGGUUGUCAUAUCCUGCACUUUAUAGCCUUAUACACUUCUUUUAUUCAGACAGAUUAGAGAUUGCCAUUGAUGACAUGGAGGAUCUUGUGAGAAUCUGCAAAGUAUGCAGAUGUGAAUCACUGCAUAAAGUUAUUGAGAAAGAACUAAUUCAUCAAAAAUAUGCAGACUAUAAAGCGCUGGGAAAUGUAGAUAAUUCUCAGAAACGGUAUAUUUUACAAGGUCUAUCCCUUCCUGAAGAGGACAGGCUUCCCGCUGCCUUGCAUCGAAUCCUUCUGACCGCCCUUUCAAAUUCAACCCAUGAAAGUGGUCAAGAAGAUAAAUUGAUUUCUAUGAUGGAUGCCAUGCAGAUGGCCAAAUCUGUGGAUGAUCUUGCUGAUGUUUGUGUAAAAGUUGAUAGAAAUAUUUUCCGCUGUCAUCAAGUUAUUCUAGCAUCCAGGUCAGAAUACUUCAGAGCAAGAUUAUCACAUAUGAAGAACUUCCAUGAGGGGAAACAUGAGGUAUCUGUUGACACUCUUCCUUGUCUUGAAGAACAUGACUUAAGCAAGGAGGCUUUUGAGAAAAUGAUUGAAUAUAUGUACACUGAUCGUUUGCAGGACAUAAAUCCAGAUCAGGCUGAGGAAAUGUUUGAUGUUGCUUCUAGAUAUUUAUUGUUUCCUCUCAAGCGUGCAGUCGCUGAUGUCUUGUUGCCACACUUGGAAAUGGUGUCACUUGAUGAACAUUGCCAUUGGUUAAUACUAGCAGACAUGUAUGGUGUUGUGAAGAUUCGGGAGUAUUGUCUGGACACCAUUGCUUGCAAUUUUGAGACUUUUGCUGAGAGUAAAGAGUUCAGGGCAAUGUUGCUGACUUUGCCUCCACCAUCUGGAGACUCGUCCCUUCGCACCACUGUCCCUAGUAUUCCUGGAUCUUCUCUUAAUACUGAUCAAGGAAAUCUUCUUGAUGAUUUACGUGAGAAAUGGCUUGCAAUUGAAGCGGCUGAGCUUGACAAGAGAGAUGAGAGUGCUUUGCAAUUUGACAAGCGACUAGAGAUGCUUAUGCUUGUUGCAGAGCAAGAAAAAUCAUCACACAAUGCUGAUUCCGAUUACGCUCCUGCAUUUCUUCCCAAUCACCACUCUGAUUUAAACUGAAAAAACCCGGAUUUCUGAAGCAAGAUAUUAAGGUCACUGUGUUUAAGUCGAAUUUUUUGUAACUUCAUUUGCUCGGGCAUUCCUUAAUUUUUAAAUUUCUUUGUACUUUUAGAAGAAAAAAAAUGAAUAUAUUGAUUGUACCUACCUGGCUCAUAUAAUUAUAUUUUUAGCAGACUCAAAAAGGUUUAAUAAAUUAAAGAUUAAUAUUAGAUUCA